UCAUCUCUGUUCAUUGGUUCCUCCCUAAUAUCAAUCAAACCGGAACAAACUAAACGGAUCCCUCUAAUAUAAAUACAAAGCUCCACCCUUUCUCUCUCUCUCCAUUGUUGUAGACUCUCUCUCUCUCUUCCCUCGUAAACAUCGCUGUCUCUCUAAGAUGGCCUCUCUCUCAGGCCUCUACUCUUCUUCCCCAUCUCUCAAACCUUCCAAAAACCUCUCCUUUAAAGCAUUGCCGCCGGCGCAAUCCCGUGAUUCCUUCUCUUUCCCACAUACCUCCAAACCCACCAUCAACCUACCGUUGACUCUCUCCUCGGCUCGUUCCUUGGCGCGCGACAUUUCUCACUCGGAUGCGAAGAAGAAAGAGCUUGUGAAAGAUCCGGAUGCGUUGUGGAAGCGAUACCUCGAUUGGUUUUAUCAGCAGAAAGACCUCGGGCUGUAUCUCGAUGUCAGCCGGGUCGGGUUUACCGACGAGUUUGUGGCCGAGAUGGAGCCCCGGUUUCAGGCUGCGUUUAAGGCUAUGGAGGAUCUUGAAAAAGGGUCUAUAGCGAAUCCAGAUGAAGGAAGGAUGGUUGGACAUUAUUGGCUUAGGGACUCUACGCUCGCACCCAAACCCACUUUGAAGACCUUGAUCGAGAAUACACUUAAUUCUAUCUGCGCUUUCUCCGACGACAUCAUCUCUGGCAAGAUAAAGCCACCAACUUCUCCUGAGGGUCGUUUUACUCAGAUACUUUCAGUAGGCAUUGGAGGUUCGGCUCUUGGACCUCAAUUUGUCGCUGAGGCCUUGGCUCCUGAUAAUCCUCCGUUGAAGAUAAGAUUCAUCGACAACACCGACCCUGCUGGAAUCGAUCAUCAGGUUGCACAACUUGGGGCAGAGCUUGCUACGACUUUAGUGAUUGUUAUCUCAAAGAGUGGAGGUACUCCUGAAACUAGAAAUGGACUUUUGGAAGUGCAGAAAGCAUUCCGUGACGCUGGUCUGAAUUUCUCAAAACAGGGUGUUGCAAUAACCCAAGAGAACUCGUUGCUGGAUAAUACAGCCAGAAUUGAAGGUUGGCUAGCUAGAUUUCCUAUGUAUGACUGGGUGGGUGGAAGAACAUCAAUAAUGUCUGCAGUUGGUUUGCUUCCAGCAGCACUACAGGGGAUUAAUAUUAGAGAGAUGCUUACCGGUGCCAAAAUAAUGGAUGAGGCCACUAGAACAACUUCGAUAAAAAAUAACCCUGCUGCUCUCUUAGCUAUGUGUUGGUACUGGGCUUCAGAUGGUGUUGGCUCCAAGGAUAUGGUCGUUCUUCCUUACAAGGAUAGCUUAUUACUAUUCAGUCGGUAUCUGCAGCAGCUGGUCAUGGAAUCACUGGGAAAGGAGUUUGAUCUUGACGGUAACACUGUUAAUCAAGGGUUAACUGUGUAUGGGAACAAGGGGAGCACAGAUCAGCAUGCCUACAUUCAACAGCUGAGAGAGGGUGUGCCCAAUUUCUUUGCAACCUUUAUAGAAGUGUUACGGGAUAGACCCCCAGGUCACGAUUGGGAGCUUGAGCCAGGUGUCACUUGUGGAGACUACCUCUUUGGGAUGCUUCAGGGAACUAGAUCUGCAUUAUAUGCAAACGGUAGAGAAUCCAUUAGUGUUACUAUCGAGGAAGUGACACCAAGAUCUGUUGGGGCUCUUAUAGCUCUUUAUGAAAGAGCGGUCGGAUUGUAUGCCUCUAUUGUGAACAUAAAUGCUUACCACCAACCCGGUGUGGAAGCCGGCAAAAAGGCAGCAGCAGAAGUUCUGGCUCUGCAAAAGCGGGUGUUGUCAGUUCUUAAUGAAGCCACGUGUAAAGAUCCGGUAGAGCCAUUGACAUUGGAAGAGAUAGCCGAUCGUUGCCAUGCUCCUGAGGAAAUAGAGAUGAUAUACAAGAUCAUAGCGCACAUGUCUGCAAACGACAGAGUUCUGAUAGCUGAAGGGAACUGUGGAUCGCCACGGAGCAUCAAAGUGUAUCUGGGAGAGUGCAAUGUGGAUGACCUGUACGCAUAAUAAACCCCCAACACUUUCUCAAAAACUCCAAAGAGUUCUCAUUCUCUCCAUUCCUUAUUUAUUUCUGCCAUGUCUAUGAUUUUGAAAAGGAGAAAAGGAUUUUCAAUAAGGGCCAGGAAACACUUGUGUACUUUGUUUCAAAAUAAUGAUAAUUUCAGUUCAGAGUGUGGAAUAUGUUGAUUGUAAUGAAAACAUUGGAGAUGAUACAUCAAUCAAUCAGGCAACAAUGGUAUCAACACUCUU